AUGCCAGCCUGCAAUCUCCGGCGUCUGAGGGUCACCGAUCAGUUCGGAGCGGUAGGAUGGGGUGUAGUGAUGAGGGAUCAACCCAAGGAGAGCAGCAAUGUUGAGGGGUCGUCUUAUCGCAUUGGAGUGGUCAAGUACUUCACUGUGAAAUGGAGGAGGUACUACAUUCAAUUCAUCGAUGCGAGUGCUCCCGAGCUGGAGGCUCUACGACCAUUGAAGCUCCCCUCGUUGCGGGACGCCAAGGAGCUGGCGGAGUCACUGGCCAUCUCACUCACUCAUGGGGAUAUUCAGCUGUCGAGGAGCGCUACUGACAGGCAUUGGCUGGACCCGGAGGAUAUGCAAAUCUAUGUAGUGCGGAAACUUUGGUACACUGCAUGUGUUGGUGACAAUGUGAAAAUUCUGAGGAAGUUUUGGAGGCUUCUUGCUGGUUUCUGUACACUCCUAUUCGAAUUCGUAUGUAAACUUGUGUAA